CACCGUCUCUUCUCUCUCGGUGUAACAGUAUUUUAGUUCCCCAUCACAAAGACAGAGCACAGCCUGGAUAAGGACGAACUUUCAGCCUUCUCUCUGCGCGGACACGGACUUUUAUAGCUGUAGCUAAAGCAGCUGAGUUAUUAGAUUUAGGUGCAUGUUAUUGCUGUUUUUUUAUUAUAAUUUUGUGGGGCAGCCCAGAAAUAAACAGCUAAGUAUAGGUUAGCUAGCUAGCUAAUGAGGUAUUGUGUACGGUAGCUUGAGUGGCUAGCUGUAGCUAGCUAGGGUUAGCAUAGCUAGCUGGCUAAUUAACAAUAUCUGCAUAUGAUAUUACGUAAAAUAGGUUCAGGCAAAGGUUUAGAUCUAAAGCUAAAUUGAUUAUUAAGACUGUAGGCUAAGAACCUUAGCUAGCUAACUUAGCUAGCUAGAGCUAGCAAACCAACCGUGUGUGUAUUCAUGCUAUCUAAUGCUAGCUGGCUAACCUAGCUAGGGGUUAACGGACACAAACAGUGGUCCCACACAUAAAGAGGGCCCUGAAACCAGUUUACCACUUGGUUUAAAUCGUAUCCAGCUCAGUUAACGCUAGUUCAUUAAUUAAUCAGCACCUCCACCACGUUUAACACAGCGCUCAGGAUGUCUGAGAUCAUCCCCACGUUUCAGACGCAGCUCUCCGGCGUUAUGGAGACCGUUUUUAAGGCUGCUAUCUUCGAGAUCACCAGGCUGGUGGAGGAGAGCUUUCUGGAAGAAGUGUCUCGAUCACGAGAACAGGUUGAGUCUCUAAAAAAGAGACUCCAGUGGUCCGAGACCAAGCGCAAAGACCAGCAGGAGAGCAGGAGGCUGAGGUGUGCAGACUGUGGUAAUGCCAGGCUGUCUGAGGAAGGGAAGAGCAAGGCAGCCUCACACACACAAACAGAUGUGGAAAAUGCUCAAAAACUUAAAAAGGAGAGAGAUGCGGAAGAGAAUUGGAAGAGCUGUGAAUCAGCUGAGAAGAAGGUUAAUCUUCCUGUAAAUGUGGAAUCUGAGGCUGUAUCCAACCAAAUGAAACCUGCAGAGAAUACAGCUCAAGAGGAAGGAAAGAUGGACUGCUUGCUUAAAGCGGAAGCUGUUCAAACUGGCAAUGAGCCACAGGGUGGGUGGAGACUGACCCCUGAAGUUGAAGAAAUUUCUGACAGCUCUGAUCAUCGUAAGACCUACAGUGAGCAGGAGUUGCAGCAGAUUCAAGAUGACUGGAGUUCAGGCUUGGGUCAUGCUCCUGAACCAGACCCUGUUCCUGAACAAGACAAUAUUCAGGGUCUACAGUAUAGGACUCGCUACAACAUGGAGGACCUGAGCAGUUAUGGAAAUCAGGAGCUGGAUAUGGGAGCAUUGAAUGGAUUAGCAGAGUCCACUCAAAGGAGUGGAGAGGUUUUGGGAUUUGGGGCACUGCCUGCUUCUUUGCAGACUGACAUGGGUACGCCUGCAGAAAGUGGAAGACGCUUGAGAAAUAAGAGAGGACAAAAAGGAUCUACAUCUUUACAUAAUAGCCAAGACACAGCUGACCUGAACUGCUUACUUAUUAAUGAGGAGGGAUAUUUGCAGGACAUAAAUGCUCUUCCACAGGUUCCUGGUGGACUUAUUGGAGACUCUGGACAUCGGGCACAUCCCAUGUUCAGCAGAGAUGCAGUAAAUGACAGUAAUAAUUGUUUUUACAGCGGAGAUGCAUUUAGCCACCCAGUGGACCUGAACCACAGCGAAUCUGUGCAAAUGGUUGCUGAGAGAAAUAAACCGUCUCACACUUGUCCUCAGUGUAUGCUGAGUUUUCCAGACCAGCGGUCUUUAAAGGCCCACAUGGUCUCUCAUCGGCCCAACCCUGGCUACAUCUGCAACCAGUGUGGGAAGAAGUUCACCCAAGCCUGCAACCUGAAAGUCCACCAGCGUGUCCACCAGCGGGAAGGGCUGCACCUGUGCAAUCACUGUGGGAAAGGCUACUCGUCUUUCAGCGACCUGCGGAAGCACCGGUGCAGCCAGGCCGGAGACAAGCCCUACAGCUGCUCGCUCUGCGGUAACAAGUUCAGCCGCCUUUGGAACCUCAAGCUGCACCGCCGCAUUCACACGCAGGAGAAACCGCACCGAUGCAGCAUGUGUGACAAAAGCUUUACCCGGGCCGACAUCUUAAAAGUCCACCAGCGGACACACACUGGAGAGAGGCCGUACUGCUGCAGGGUGUGUGGACUCAGCUUUAAACGUCUCGAUCAUCUCAGAUCGCACCAGCGCAAACAUGGAUCAGUACCGAAUAAUCACUAGAACUGCAGUUCUAGGACCUAUACACUAAUUCAGCUUCAGAGUUAUUGCUGUAUACUAUUAACCAGGGCUUUUCAGUUCUGAUCCUGAGGACCAGUGUUUGUAACAUUUUGCUGACUGUCCUACUCAAAUCACCUAAUCCAAUCUGUUAAUUGCCAGGUUUCUUGUUUAUAUUUAUAAAGGAAACAGUGCUGAACAUUGGUCACCCAGUUUUGGAAUUGGGGAACCCAACUAUUCAACCAGGGUUUUGAUUCAAAGGGGGCUUAAUUCAAAAGCCAUUAUCACAGUCACAAUAAAUGACAAGCUACCCCUCUUUUCUAUUCCUUCUGAAUUGAUAAUAAAGUUCACUAAUUGUUCAAAAUGUCUGCGAAAUUUAAUUGCAGAUUCAGAAAACGUUGUUGUAUAAUGUGUAAUGUAUAAUUAAUAUUGCAUAUAUUAAAACGGCAUGUGUACGUUUAUUGGUGGUAUAUUGCUGGUAAAUUUGGGACCCCUGGGGGAAGAAAACAAAAAAAAUAGUAAUUUUCUCAUCAGAUCAGACAACCAAAAACAUAUGCAGAAAUUCUGAAAAGUGGGUUGCUUUAAAAUCGCUGUCAGAUUGGCAGACUUUAUAUAUUUAUAUUAGUAGUUGGUCACUAUUUAUAACACACACAGGGCUCCUGGACCAUACUAUUAAAAAUCCACUGUGUUUUAAAUUAGCUCAGACUUGAUUCCCAUAGAGGAUUUUAUUUUUGGUCAAAUGAACACAAAUACAGUUAUGUUACCAAUAUAUUAUUGUAUUCUAAUAUUUUUUAAUAAGUGCAUUGGAUUGUCACUGUCUUUACACCCCAACCAGACUAUUUUUUCCUUUAGUUGACUUCAGAUAAUCUUGUUUUCCAGUAAAUAAAUCAUUUCUUUGUUCAACAUUUUGCUUAUGUCAUGUCAACUUAGUAUAGAACAUGGUUUUAGUAACUGUGUAGUCAGGUAUGUUCUGGUUUUCUAGGGACGCUGCAGUGCCUCUGUACCUGCUUUGUUUUGCUAAUUGAGAUGAUCUUAUUUAAUAAUGUUUGUGAAUUCAUCAUAGUCAGUCAUGUCUAAAGUUUGUGUGUUUUAUAUGUAAAAUAUUUUUCUUUUAUUUAAAUUGUGAUGGUUGUGGAUAAAAGCUGAUGCUUUUUCUGAAUGCAAAUAAAAAGUUUACCUUUCA